AUGGGCCAACCCUCGUUCGAGGCGUCCAACGCCAUCAUUUACCUCACCUAUGGCGCCUUCCUUGUCAUGGGCGUCACCGUAGCCUGGCGUCUUAAGGAUAAAAGCAAGGAUAACUUCUUGUCCGCCAACAGGACGCAGACUGCACUCGGAUCCGGUAUCCUCUUCUCGUAUCCCGAGCUGGCGACCAUCACCGGCGUACAGGGCAUGAUCAUCUACUCUCUCGCGUCCGCCCUGCCGAUGCUCUUGUUCGGAUGGCUGGGUCCCAUCAUUCGACGCAAGUGUCCCGAGGGCUUCGUCCUGACCGAGUGGACUAGACAGCGCUAUGGCACAGUGACCAUGCUGUACUUGAGCUUCAUGACGCUGGUCACGCUGUUCUUGUACAUGAUCUCCGAGCUCUCCGCCGUGGGCCAGGUCGUAAACUUGCUGACGGGUCUGGAUGGCUUGCCCGUCAUCAUUGUGCAGGUGGCUAUCACCACCAUCUACACAUCCAUGGGUGGUUUCAGGAUCUCAUUCCUGACCGAUGUCGUGCAGGGGACCAUGGUCGUCGGCCUUAUCAUCAUCGCCUCUAUCACUAUCGGCGUCAAGGUGGACGUCAAGCCCGAGCUUGUCCGCGACUCCCCCCUGCUCGAGCCCUCGCUCCUUGGGUGGCAGCUCAUCUACAUCUUGCCUGUCGCUGUCUUCACCAAUGACUUCUUCCUGGCCUCAUUCUGGCUGCGUGCGUUCUCGUCCAAGACCGACAAGGAUCUCUGGAUUGGCGUGUCCAUUGCUACCGCUGCGUUGACCGUCAUCAUCACCCUCAUCGGAUCGACUGGUCUGAUCGCAACCUGGUCUGGACUUUGGCCCGGUGAUCCGCCGCAGCUUGGCUCUGUGGCCUUUUUCUCAUUGCUCGAGGCCCUACCGGCUUGGGUCGUCGGCAUUGUUUUGGUCAUGGUUGUCAGUCUGAGCACGGCUGCGUUUGACAGCUUCCAGUCUGCCAUGGUUUCCACCGCUUCGAAUGAUCUCUUCCGCAACAAGCUCAAUAUCUGGGUCAUCCGUGGGCUCGUCUUGCUCAUCAUCAUUCCUGUCGUGGUACUGGCGCUCAAGGCACCUUCCAUCUUGCAGAUUUACCUGAUCAGCGAUCUUGUCUCGGCCGCCACUAUCCCAAUCCUCUGCCUCGGCUUGAUGGAUAGUUUCUACUGGUGGCGCGGCUUCGAGGUCGUGGUCGGCGGUCUUGGUGGUCUUUUCACGGUCUUCAUCUUUGGCACCAUCUACUACGGCAGUGCUAAGCAGGGCGCCGAGCUUCUCAUCAUCCAGAACGGCUUGUAUGCCGACGACUGGGGUGCCUUCGGCGCGUUCGUUGCCGCUCCAGUCGGCAGCUUCAUCUGGGGCUUUGCCGCCCUGGGCGUGAGGCUCGCGUUCCAAUACGUCAUGGCCAAGAGGCAGGGGAAGCGAUUCGAUGCUCUGGACCGCCCCGAGCCCGAAGCACCGGUUGCCCCUGUGGCGCCCGUGGGUGACGAGGUUUCUCAGGAAGACAGCGUCGGCCCCAAGGCACCUGGAAAGUUCUUCUGA